GCCCAAAUAUGCUAUUGCAUCACGGAUUGCAUGACUCCAUUGAGCAGACCACUGGUGGUGUGCUGCAACAACGUUGUGGUAUGUGCACGUGUGUAUGUACGUGCACGUGUGUGUAUGUACUGCACAGUCACUUUGCUUGUCUGCGAAGGGUGUCCCACUCCGAUGGUGUGAGGGAGGGAGCCGGUCGCGGCGAGACGAAGGCCUGCUUGCCUCUGAGUGCCUCCUCCCGCAUCUUGGCCCGCAGCGUCUGUCUUCCCGCAGAUAUCGGCCUCGCUUCUGCCUCAUCUGCAUCUGUCUCGGUGUCGAAAAGUGCGUGUGGAUGAGGGGGAAGGGUCGGCGGCAGGCUGUACUCACGUCCAGAGCUGGCUGCCCUCAGCGCCUCGAACAUACUCCGGUCGGUGGCUCUCAGCGGAUCCAGCGUGGCGCGAAGGGCCGUGUGUGUCGGGCUGUCCCUGUUGCGGCGGAAACCCGCGUAGGAAGACCCCAGCUGCCGUGAAGUGGCGUUUGGCGAAAGGAUGGCGGCUUCCUGGAUGGUGGCCUUGUGGCCUGUGCGUGAGAGGGGCGGGGACGAGAUGACUGCGGGCUGUGGGGAGAACAGGAAGCAGGAGGGGUCGUUGUGCUGUAUGGGGGUGCAGAAGGAGACGGGCCUGCUGGGCGGACCGCGGCCGAAGUAAUUCCUGUACGUACAGUACACAUGGCGAGGGGCGAGGCCAUAAAUCACUUUAGUGUAUGUGUGUCUCUCUUACUUUGAAGCCAUCUGAACCAGAUACCUUCGACCUGGUCUGAAUUCAAUCAAUCAGACAGACACACAACUCAUGACAUUUAUAAGUGUGGAUUUCCAUACCCCCUACCACACCACACCUGAGUGACUUGAGGUCUGCGUAGUGUUUGUUGCCGUGUGCUGUGACGUUGAUGGUGAGGACAUCGACAAAGAAAGGCUCUUCGCUGUCGUCUUCACCGUAUGCCGUGGAAGCGGCGGUCUCGUCAGCCUCGUCGAUCGCCCGGUAGCCGACAGUCGCAAGGCUGCAACGAAAGCCAGCAUCCAGCUGCUGCUGCUGCUGGAUGGGUAGCCUCUUUGAUUUCAAUGGUCUCACCUGACGAUGAAGUGGGUUAUCUCAUACACUUGGGGCAACGCUGAACCCUUCUUCUGUGCAGGCGAGACGUGAAUGAUGGGUCCAUUCGGUUCUCCCUUGUCCUUCUCCCCAAUCGCCUUCCACUGCACACGACACGCGCCAGCCGUCACAUUCGUCACCGUUAUGCCCAGCGGAGGAGGUGGAGGUUCCUGAGCAGCACACCACAUUACACACCCACAAAAUCACAAAUACAAAGACGCCAGAGACGUCUGUUUCCAUCGUUUCACCUGCACAAUCGUUCGUGAGGCCUCGAGUAUGGAUUUCUUAGCUGAGGCCGACAGUUUGCUGAGCCUGCUCAUUUUGCUGCCCUUGCUGCCCUUGGAUGUGCCUGAGGACAGCGAGGCCCCCGACCUGGCCGACAAGGCUGACCUCGCAGAAGCGAGGGACUCGUCGGACGCCCCGCGAUGCAGCUUCCUCCGUCCCGAGGACGCAGGCGAUGCGUCGCUGCCUUGGCCUGAGGCGGACGAUUGGGCUAUGCGUGGAGAGAUGGGGAGCGCCCGGUCGGUGAGGGCGGCGGCGGAGAUAUCUUCACUGUCGCGGGGCUUGGCCUGAGUGAAAGGGGAUAUUGCGAUGAAUUUGCAUCGUGUGAUGGCUAGGUACGUGGACCCACCCUGAAUUUCCCCUGUCCGAGCUGCAGCGUCUCCUUCUUCGCGCCAAGCUCUGCACGGCGGAGACACGAGCAGCCAUUGCUGGCUGGUGUGCUAUCCUCCCUCCCUUUGUUUCCCUCGCCAACCAAGAUCGCCGGGCGCCACGACAUAUUCAUAUGGAUUGUCGUUGAAAUCAUACGGAGCCUUCAUCGACCACUCCGCCUUGAAGAAGUACAUGACGCAAAACACCAACAGCGCCACGCAGAAGACGCCCAGUGCAGGAUACAAAUCCCGAUUGUCCCUGCAGCGCAGGCAGGGCGACCGAAGAGAGUCGUGUGUUGCUGUCUGUGGGCUGGCUUACUUCGCUGUCAGUGAUAUGCCCAUUGCCAGGCAGAUGAUUGCGCACACACCGAUGGCAAUGCCGCUACGGAAACGAUUCCACCUGCAUUCAUCGCAUCGACAGACGGAUUCCAUCAAGCUCCAGCAUCCAUCGCAAGGACGCACCACCCGACCUGAGCAGUGUGAUCUCGAGGAGGAGACACGCAUUGCGCACAACAUAUGUGGGUAUCAAUUGCCCCGUCACCAUAAAGAUCAACGUAAAUACCAACGAUGCACCUGCAGUGCACACGUGGAGGGGAGACAUGGCAACGCGCAGAAACGUACGACUACCUAUCUGUUCCUACCAAAGGCCAUUUUCCACAGCAGCGUCUGCGGCCCCUGGCCCCUGGUGCCUGUCUUACUCAUGAAUGCCCCGCUCGCAAUCAGCAGUGCAAAACACACACAAAAGUAACACCGACGGGCUCGCAACUUGUACAGCUGGACAAAGGAGACACAACCGACAACCAAUGACCGAUUCCUUCACACACGGUGUAUGCAUGUGAAUGCUGACCUCUUGCCUCUGCCAUCCCUUUAUGACACUCUUGAGCUCUUCAGCGUCCUUGGCCUGCUUGGCGAACUGGCGAAAUUCCUCGACUUCAAUCGCCCCAUUGCCGUCCCUGUCGAUGCGUUUGAGCAGCCGACGGAUCUCGACGGCAGACAGAGACAGACCCAAAGACUGCACCGCGUACUGCAGCUCUACAGGAUGGAUAGGGGAUACGCAGGAAAGGGAGUGGCAGCUCUUCCAUUAUGAUGGACCUUGGCCGUCGAUUGUGCCCGAGUCGUCUGCGUCGAACUGGCUGAAGAGGUGGUUGAUGAAGUUCUGGGACUUGAUAAGGUCGCGCUGUGUCUUGACGAGGCGUUGUAGCUGUUCUCGUGUGGAUAUCCGGUUGCAGAAGUCAAUGAACUCCUCUCUUUCGAUUCUGCCGUUCUGGUCCUUGUCGAUUUGUCGCAACAAAACAUUUACUUCGUCCAGCUCCAUAUCGACCUCCAGAUACCUGCAGGCAUGAGAGACACCAGGAAAGAAGAAAAGCAACCGCGUAUUCUGCCUUUGUUCGAACUGUCUCCCUCUCUCUCUGGGUCUGCGAUGACUGACUUGUUGACUGCUUCGUGGAGCUCAUUCUCGUCGAUGAAACCAUUGUCGUCUUCAUCAAUCUGGUCGAACAUAUCGUUGAGGAAGUCACGGUCACGCAAUCUGCCAAAACAAGGACAGUGAGGGGGAGGAGAGGCAGGAAGAGCCCCAGCCCAAUGAACUUACUUUCUGGCUGAUUGCAAAACCUUGAGCACAUUGUAGAGCUUGAAACACCCAUACCGCUGUGAUGGUGACCGAACAAGGAACGCCAUCGUCGCGGACGAAUUCGAC